UUGAAAUAAUCUGUUUAAAAAUCAGAAGAAUUUAAUUGAAAUAAUCAGUUUCCAAUCAGAAUAAUUGCAUUUAAUUGAAAUAAUCUGUUCACAAAUCAGAAUAAUUGAUUUCAAUCGAAAUUAUCUGUUUCCAAUCAUAGAAUUCAAUUGAAAUAGUCUGUUUACAAUCAGAAUAACUGAAUUUAAUUGAGAUAAUCAGUUUCCAAAAUGAGUAGCACAGUAGUUGUGUUAGGUUGGUUGCUAUUUUUCAGCAUGCUGAUGUUCAGUCUACCGUUUAUCACAUACUUUGGCAUGAGUCGGGUUCUGAGUGAUUACGGCAUAGAUGGCUUUGCAAAUAGAGCGUGGUCAGUUUUUGCUUCAGUGGUGUCUGUAAAUGUGAUCAUUGCCCUGUAUGCCAUCAAGGCCUGGUACGAACCUGAGGAUCAUCCUCCCAGGGUGGAGGGUAGGAAGGAGAAGUAGAGGGGUUUUGGAUUGGGAAGAGUUUAGUUAGGUUAGAAAGAGGAAGAGGUACUAGGAGAAGACUGAUAAGAAAGAGAGGAAGGUUACUAGUAGACAGAUUAGUAUGACAGAUUAUUAGUCAAGUAGAGGGGUUUUGGAUUGGGAAGAGUUUAGUUAGGUUAGAAAGAGGAGGAGGUACUGGGAGAAGACUGAUUAGAAAGAGAGGAAGGGUUACUAGUAGACAGAUUAUUAGUCAAGUAGAGGGGUUUUGGAUUGGGAAGAGUUUAGUUAGGUUAGAAAGAGGAGGAGGUACUGGGAGAAGACUGAUUAGAAAGAGAGGAAGGGUUACUAGUAGACAGAUUAGUAUGACAGAUUAUUAGUCAAGUAGAGGGGUUUCGGACUGGGAAGAGUUUAGUUAGGUUAGAAAGAGGAAGAAGUACUAGGAAAAGACUGGUUAGAAAGAGAGGAAGUGUUACUAGUAGAUGGAUUAGUAAAUAUAUAAAGUCUAUAGGGAUGUAUGUAAAACGUCCUCAGAUAAUCACAUAGUAACACAGGUAUAUUUACUUCAAUCUGUUAUUCAUAUAUUGCAUCUGCAUAUGUGAUAGUG